AUGGGGAAUUCAUAUGCAGGGCAACUAAAAUCUGCCCGUUUUGAAGAAGCUCUUCAUAACUCUAUAGAAGCUUCUCUGAGAUGUAGCAGUGUUGUCCCACGGCCAAUCUUCUCACAGUUGUACCUGGAUCCUGACCAGCCUCCUUUCUUGCCGGAAGAUGUGAAGCCAAAGGUAGAAGAGUUGGAUAAAGAGUUAGUACAUCGCUAUUCACAAAAUGGAAACCUGGACUUCUCUACCAGCCAAACUGUUAAUGAAAUGGAAGAUGAAGAGGAGGAUGAAGACAUGUCAGAUUCAAGUAGUCCACCAAUCCCAUAUUCACAAAAACCUGCCCCGGAAGGAUCUUGCACUACUGAUGGUUUUUGUCAAGCAGGCAAGGAUUUACGGUUAGUAUCUCUGUGCAUGGAGCAAAUUGAUAUCCCAGCAGGCUUCCUGUUAGUAGGAGCCAAAUCUCCCAACCUUCCUGAGCACAUUCUAGUCUGCGCUGUUGACAAGCGGUUUUUGCCAGAUGAUCAUGGAAAAAAUGCACUUUUAGGAUUUUCUGGGAAUUGUAUAGGCUGUGGAGAAAGAGGAUUUCGAUACUUCACAGAGUUUUCCAAUCAUAUCAACCUGAAAUUAACCACUCAGCCAAAGAAGCAGAAGCACUUAAAGUACUACCUAGUAAGAAGCUCCCAAGGUGUAUUGUCAAAGGGACCCCUUAUUUGCUGGAAAGAAUGUAGAAGCAGGCAAUCAUCUGCUGCUAACCUCUCUGCUAAACCAAAUUCUUCGGUGUCACCGUCCACGACCCCAGAGGGUGGAUCAGCUAAUGGAUACAAAUCAGGGUUCACUCAGACAGCUCCUCUUUCACUGCGUGCCACUGAUGUUGCUAAUGGAAACGCUAACGGAGGAAGAAAUAAUGUAUUGAGUUCUACAGUCUCUCGGCCAAUGCCUCACUCGACAUCUCCAAGCCCUGGCUGUGCAGCUGGAGACCAAGCAUCAAUGUCCAGUUCUGGACCACCAAAGAAACGUCACCGGGGAUGGUCUCCUGGGUCCCCAGUCCCUCCUCCUGGUUUAGCGGUACCUGCUCCUACAAUUCGACCUUCGGCAAGAACAGAGCCUCUUUUGUCAGUCCCAGUUCCUCAAUCCAUGUUAACUGGAAUUUUACAGCCUCAACCCAUCCCAGCAGGGGAGACUGUAAUAGUUCCUGAAAACCUGCUGAAUAACUCAGGAGUCAGACCAGUGAUUCUGAUAGGUUAUGGCACUUUACCUUAUUUCUAUGGAAAUGUUGGUGAUAUUGUUGUAAGUCCCUUGCUGGUGAAUUGCUACAAGAUUCCACAGCUGGAAAACAAGGAUUUGGAUCUCUUGGGUUUGACAAGCAGUCAGCUGCUAAGUGUGGAAAAUAUGAUACUUUUAACUAUUCAGUAUCUUGUCCAACUAGGUCCUGACCAGAUACCCCUGAGGGAAGAAUUUGAGCAGAUCAUGUUGAAAGCUAUGCAGGAGUUCACUCUGAGAGAGCGAUCCUUGCAAAUGAGCGCACAGUGUAUCUCUGUGUCACCAGGUCAACUCCCUUGGCUUGCUAGGUUAAUUGCUAGUGUGUCCCGGGACCUUGUGCAUGUGGUUGUUACCCAGAAUUCGCUGGCAGAAGGCAUCUCGGAGACCUUGAGGUCUCUCAAUGAAAUGAAACAUCAGCAAAAGCUCCCAGAUUAUGUAGUUGCCAUUUGUGCAUCAAAGAUAAGAGGAAAUGAAUUCUGCGUGGUAGUCCUAGGUCAGUAUCAAUCUAGGGCGCUUGCAGAAAGCAUGCUUACCACCAGUGAAUUUUUAAAAGAGAUCAGUUACGAGCUCAUCACUGGGAAAGUUAGUUUCCUGGCAUCGCAUUUCAAAAAUACCUCUUUAGGUGAUGAUUUGGACAAGCUGCUGGAGAAAAUGCUACAGCAGCGAGGGGAAAGUGUCAUUAUUCCUUUUAAUGGAGAUGUUAGCGAGUGCGUGUCAUCUCAGGAGGCAAUUGCCAUGGUUUCUACGCAAGAACCAGAUUUGGAUGUUGAUACCUUCCAAAUUUACCAGCCACAGCUUACAGUUGCCAGAAAGCUCUUGUCCCAGGUUUGUGCUAUAGCAGACAGUGGCAAUCAGAGCCUGGAUCUGGGCCACUUCAGCAAAGUAGACUUCAUCGUUAUAGUUCCCCGUUCAGAAGUCCUGGUGCAGCAGACCCUUCAACGGAUUCGACAAUCAGGUGUCCUUGUGGACUUGGGCCUAGAAGACAAUGGGACGGCAUAUCAGAGAGCCGAGAAAUAUGUGGUUCGGCUAGACAAUGAGAUUCAAACAAAAUUUGAAAUUUUCAUGAGACGAGUGAAGCAGAAUCCCUAUACACUCUUUGUGCUGGUUCAUGACAAUGCCCACGUGGAUUUAACAAGUGCCAUUUCAAGUUCCCUGUCACAUGGUGAGCCUAGUCAUGGUCUGGCUGAUAGAGUUAUUAAUUGCAGGGAGGUCCUUGAAGCAUUCAACCUCCUUGUUCUUCAGGUCAGCUCUUUUCCUUAUGCCUUGCAAACGCAGCAGUCCAGGAUCAGCUCUAGCAAUGAAGUACACUGGAUACAAUUUGACACCAUGGAUGAUGCAGCAAGUGAAGACAAGCUGUACUUUGGUUUGAAUGAAUACAGCAAAUCCCUCCAAUGGGGAGUCACAAGUCCCCUUCUGAGAUGUGAUGAAACCUUUGAAAAAAUGGUCAACACACUUUUAGAAAGGUACCCCCGGCUGCACAGCAUGGUGAUUCGCUGCUACCUUCUCAUUCAGCAGUAUUCCCAGGCUCUGAUGGCUCUCACAACCAUGGCCUCACUACGAGAUCACAGCACACCUGAAACGCUCAGCAUAAUGGAUGACCUUAUUACUUCUCCAGGAAAGGAUAAGAAUGGCUGUGGCCACAUGCUGGUCAUUAGGGUGCCGUCUGUGCAGCUAGCCAUGUUGGCCAAGGAGAGGUUGCAAGAAGUAAGAGACAAGCUAGGUCUGCAGUAUCGUUUUGAGAUCCUCCUUGGGAAUCCUGCUUCAGAGCUUACUGUCGCGAAACACUUUGUGACACGGUUGAAGGCUUGGAGAGGAAAUGAGCAGGAUGACUGGAUCCCUCGCACCUAUCAGGAUUUGGAAGGUCUACCUUGCAUUGUUAUUCUAACUGGCAAGGACCCUCUAGGAGAAACUUUCCCCAGGUCAUUGAAAUACUGUGACCUUCGACUAAUUGACUCAAGCUACUUAACUCGGACUGCAUUAGAGCAAGAAGUAGGCCUGGCAUGCUGCUAUGUCUCGAAGGAGGCAAUUCGAGGACCUAUUGUAGCUCUCGACCUUAGUGAGAAGGAGCAUGAGAAGGCUAAUGGUAGCGAGAAUGACUCUGAUGAGCUGUUGAUAGACUUGGACCGACCCCAGAGUAAUAGCAGCGCUGUCACUGGAACCUCAGGUUCCCUGGCGGACAAUGGCGUGAGCUCCUCGAGUGCUGCAGACAAGUCUCAGAAGCAAGCACCGUCGUUUAACUUUCAGACUGUGGCACACAGCUCAGUAGACGAGGGGACUUACCCCAGUUUCACAACUGGAGAGACCCUGAAACAAGAAUGCGACUCCCUGGGUAACCAGAUGGCGAGCAGCACCACUUCGAAACUAUCAUCACUGUCUUCGGUCUCCCAGGCAUUUCAGUGGCCGGCCCAUUCGGCCAAAGACAGCAAAACCCUCCGUGCUGCACUGCCUCGCAUUGUCAUCCUGUCAAAAGCUGCCUACUGUCUCCUGAGCUCACAUAAAAGUGGGAAUUUGCCUUCUUCCUCUUCCCUCCUGCCUCAUGCUGACGUGUCUUGGCUGAGCUCUCUGAGGCCGCUGCUUCACAAGGACAUGAGCAGCGAAGAGCAGUCUCUCUACUACAGGCAGUGGACGACAGCCCGACAGCACCACGCGGACUUCAGCAAUCAGGGUGAGACGUCUGGCUCGAGGAGUUUUCACCCCAGGCGGCUGCUUUUGACAGGACCACCACAAGUGGGAAAGACUGGCUCAUACUUGCAGUUCCUAAGGAUUCUCUUCCGCAUGCUGAUCCGGUUGCUGGAAGUAGAUGUGUACGAUGAAGAAGAGAUUAAUGCCAGUCAUACGGAAAACGGUGAAAUCACUCAGUCUAGCAAUGACCACUGGCCAGAUAUUGAGAUCUUCAGCAAAAUGUCUUUUGACCUGAAUGUACAUGACCCCAAGUAUAGAACUAUAAGUCCCGUGUACACAGAACAACUGUCAAGAGUGAAACAAGAAACAAGCAAAGAAACGAAAUCAGAGGAACCUAAGAAAAGGGAGACCGUGUCGAUGAUGUUGACUAAAUAUGCAGCUUACAAUACGUUCCAUCACUGUGAGCAGUGCCAUCAGUACAUGGACAUUAAUCCUGCCGUGCAGAUAUCUGACUCCACUCUGCACGCAUUCACGUUUUCAUCCUCGAUGCUAGGAGAAGAGGUUCAACUGCAUUUUAUAAUCCCCAAGUCCAAAGAGAACCAUUUUGUCUUCAGCAAGCAGGGAAAACAUCUCGAAAGCAUGCGUCUCCCACUCGUUUCUGACAAGAAUUUGAAUGCAGUCAAGAGUCCCAUCUUCACUCCAUCGAGUGGACGUCAUGAACAUGGCCUCUUGAACCUCUACCACGCCAUGGAAGGCAUCAGCCACCUUCACCUCCUUGUAGUCAAGGAGUAUGAAAUGCCGCUCUACCGUAAAUACUGGCCCAACCACAUCAUGCUUGUCCUGCCAGGCAUGUUCAACAACGCUGGCGUUGGUGCUGCCAGGUUUCUUAUUAAGGAACUUUCCUACCACAAUCUAGAACUGGAACGAAACCGCUUGGAGGAACUGGGAGUCAAGCGCCAGUGCGUGUGGCCAUUCAUCGUGGUCAUGGACGACUCCUGCGUCUUGUGGAACAUGCACAGUGUCCAUGAGCAGUCGAGCCAGUCCCUGGAGCCUGGGGGUUCCAGCAAGAAUGUGUCUCUGAAGAGUGUCCUCCAACACAUUGAAGCCACCCCCAAAAUUGUUCAUUAUGCAAUACUGGGUGUUCAGAAAUGGAACAGCAAGCUGAACGCCAGGAAAGCGAAGGCUCCGUUCUCCAGGUGCCACGUGCGUGAUUUGAUACUGCUCAACAUAGACCUGACCCAGAACGUGCAAUAUGAUCUAAACAGGUAUUUCUGUGAAGAUGUAGAUUUCAAUCUGCGGACGAACAGCAGCGGCCUGCUCAUCUGCCGCUUCAACAACUUCAGCGUCAUGAAGAAGCAUAUUCAGGUUGGAGGACAAAAGGACUUUGUCGUUAAGCCAAAAAUCACGGUGUCGGACAGCCUGGCACCAAUAAUGCCUCUUCAGUACGUCUGUGCCCCUGACAGCGAGCAUACAUUGUUGGCAGCCCCCUCUCAGUUCCUCCUGGAGAAAUUCCUUCAACAUGCGACGUACAAACUCUUCCCGAAGGCCAUUCAUAACUUCAAGAACCCGGUGUUGGCCAUUGACUGCUACCUGAACAUCGGGCUCGAGGUGGCUAUCUGCUAUAUUAGUUCCCGCCCGCACUCGGUCAACGUCAACUGCGAAGGGGUGUUCUUCAGUGGACUUCUGCUCUAUCUCUGCGACUCCUUCGUUGGUGCAGACCUCCUCAAGCGUUUCAGGUUCCUGAAAGGUGCCACCCUGUGCGUCAUAUGUCAAGACAGAAGCUCGUUGCGGCAGACAAUAGUCCGCUUGGAGUUGGAGGACGAGUGGCAGUUCCGACUUCGGGAUGAGUUUCAAACUGCUAACAGUAGUGACGACAAACCACUCUAUUUUCUUACUGGACGCCAUAUAUAAGCUUUGCAAAGACACCGCUAACAAAGAAAAAAAAAAAACAACAAACUAACUACUUGGGUUUUUUUAAAAAGUACAAUCACUGUGGAGCAAAGUGCAACCAAUAUUUAUCUAGACUGCUCUGAAGGAUUCCCCCCAAUUCUGAAGUAGGCUUCAUUCCUAGGGAUAAAAUUACCACAUCAGUUACGACUUAAAGGAUCCUGGAUUCAAGUUAUUUUCACGUCAGUCACAACCGUCGGCACUAACUGCACAGCCGAGCAAGCUGUGGGAGCUGGGAAGAGGACGUAAUUUGGUUGGAGAAGAAUUCUUUUUAUAUUUAGCCGAGCUAGAGGAAGAAGCUGCUCUCGGCGGCUGCUAGCGUGAACGUGUUACACGAAACACAGCCCAGCACGUGGAAUUUACGGAAGAUGUGUGGAGGAGAGCCCGCCGUGUGUCUCUUCAGCUCUGUACCGUGGUACAGGAAUACUCAGGGGUUUGAAACUAAC